ACUACAGAGAGAGAGAUGGCGGAGUGCGGGCGGAAGGCGCUGUCUCUCCUGGAAGCGGCCCGCUCCCGGUACGAGAGCCUGCAGAUAUCCGACGAUGUGUUCGGCGAGUCCGGGGAUGACAGCAGCGACAAUCCCUUCUACAGCACCUCCGGAGACUCCGACUCCGACAACUACAUAGCCGAGGUGGGCGAGGAGGAGCAGCACCACCACCACCAAAAACGGGGGGAUAAGGAGAGCAGCAGCGGGCACCGCGGGGGAGCAGGAGGUGGCGGCAGCGGGAGCAGCGGAGCCGGUCCCCCGGGCUCUCUGCCCCGUAGUCAGGCAGAGGAGGAGGGCUGGACGGAGACUCUGCAGGAUGUCACGGUGCCGCCGUUCAAAGAGACAUAUGGCCCCGCUCAGAAGAUGCCGGCCACCGCCACAGCCUUGGACUUCUUCCAGCUCUUCGUCCCAGACAAUUGCAUCCAAAAUAUGGUCACCCAGACCAACAUGUAUGCCAAGAAGUUCCAGGAACGCUUUGGCUCCGAUGAAGGCUGGCGCCCCGUCACGGCGCAGGAGAUGAAGGCCUUCCUGGGCUUCGUCACCUCCACCAGCGUGCACCGCUGUGAGUCGGUGCUCAGCAUCUGGAGCUCGGGCUUCUUCAGCAACCGGAGCAUCGCCUUGAAGAUGAGCCAGGCUCGCUUCGAGAAGAUCCUCAAAUACUUCCACAUCGUGGCUUUCCGGCCAUCGCAGGGAAGCAACCAGGGCCUCUACAAGAUCCAGCCCUUCCUGGACUCGCUGCAGCAGUCGUUCAGCUGCACCUUCAGACCGUCACAGACACAGGUUCUUCAUGAGCCGUUGAUAGAUGAGGACCCGGUGUUCAUCACCACCUGCACGGAAAGAGAGCUGAGGAAGAGGAAGAAGAGGAAGUUCAGCCUCUGGGUUCGACAGUGUACCUCCACCGGCUUCAUCUGUCAGAUCUCAGUCCAUCUGAAGGAGGGCACAGACGGUCUGGCCACCUUGAAGAACAAGCCUCAGCUCCACAGCCUCGUGGCCAAGCAGCUCUGCCAGAACAUCUCCGGCAAGAACACCAUCAUCUUCACCGGGCCAUCCAUCACAAGCCUAAGCCUCUUCUCCGAAUUCAGCAAACAAGAUAUCUAUUGUUGUGGACUUCUGAGCACCAGGAAGAGUGACUGUACAGGCUUACCACAAAACAUGCUGGUCUGCGGCUCAACGCCAGCGCAGCGCGGCCAGUCACGAGUCAUGAUGAAAGGCAGCAUGUCACUGAUCAGCUGGUACAACAAGGGACACUUCAGGUUCCUCACCAACGCUUAUCCUCCAACAAAACAAGGUAUCAUCAUUAAGAGGAAAAGUGGGGAGAUCCCGUGUCCUUUGGCUGUCGAGGCCUUUGCGGCGCACCUCAGCUACAUCUGCAAAUACGACGACAAGUACAGCAAGUACUUCAUCUUCCAUAAGCCCAACAAGACCUGGCAGCAGGUGUUCUGGUUGAGUAUCAGCAUCGCCAUCAACAACGCGUACAUCCUCUACAAGAUGUCUGACGCCUACACGGUGAAACGCUACAGCAGAGCGCAGUUUGGAGAGAGACUGGUCAGAGAGCUGCUGGAUUUAGACGACUGCUCCCCCACACAGUGAGGCGCAGGAGGAGGAGGAGGAGAAGGAGGAGGACCACAACACAGAAACACACACACACACACAAUCCCCACACUUACACUUCAUUACUGUGGUACAGACUCUGUGUCUGCGUGAUAAUACUGAAGCAGUGCCAAGCCUGGCAUGCCUCUCUUCCUCUAGUUGUUUUCUGUGGUACUGUAAAUAUUCACUGCACACUACACAAUAGAGAAUCACGAGCCAUGGGACAGUCCACAUGCCUCAACUGCAACUUUUAACCACACAGUUUUAUUAAGGAUUUGUCCACAGGAGCUAUUUCACAAGCAGAGACGCAGGCGGAAACAAUGAAACCGGGACGAAUUCACCCUUAAAUGAUGUCAGUUAUCGAUAUGAGCCUGAAUCUCCCGUGUGAGUGUUGAAACGUACUUGUCAGGCUAAAAGGCUACAUGUAGCUUUAUAUCUACGCUCUGCAAAAACACCUGUGACCCUGUAACAAAAGCUUAUUAAAGCAGGACGAUGGUGUGUUCACACGCUGCAUGCAUAAAGAAUCUGGAUCGUGAUGUUCUCUUGUUAGGUGUGAAAAUGAUUUCUUGCUCCAGGUGGGUUUUGAAACUUUGAUUUUUUUUUGUGUGUGUGUGUGUGCGUGUAUGUAUUUAGCAAGUGGAACUGCCAUUUGUGUGCGCGGCAUUGAGCCUGAGGAUGUAAAUGUACGGCUAUUGUGACCCAGAUGUGUCGUGUUGCUGCACACUGUGCUCGCUUAGAGGAAGACUGUCAGGUGACGUAAAGCCACACACAGCAGUGUGCCACCAAAUCACAGCCUCACGCUUCAAAAGAGCCCAGAAAAGAACAACAAAGGGAGUUGGUUUUACAUUUUUUGAAGCCCCUGAAAACUCCAAUUUUCAGGAUUUCUCUACAACGGUAAAUAUCCAUGAUUAAAACCUUAAGUUGGGGAGGGGAAUUCUCAGGUUUUAUUUAUUAAGACCAUAGUUAUUUAUUAAGAGUUUAAUACUUCAGCUUAUAUGCUUCAUCAGGACUGUGUGGGUGUGGUUUGAAUGGGUGCACAGAAACACGGACAAAAACCUUAAUUACCCAUGUCAAAUAACCAAAAAAUCUCAAACUUGGCAGAAGAUCAUUUGCUCGUGUGGGAUCACAUCCCUCUUAGUAUGAAGCAGAUUGAUUUUUCAGGCUGUGAAACAAAAAUAAUAAUAAUAAUAAAUGCCAUCAAAUCUACAGCCUACUUUUGUAUUUUCAAGCGGAUAAACUCAUCUAAUUGGUCUGUUUGAUUACUCGUGUAGUUAACUGCUUUGCAGGGCACAACAAGUUCAGAGUCUCCUUGACUUAAAUGUUAAGUAAGCCAGUGUUGCCAAGCAACGGGUACAAUCUUGGCAAGUGGACAGGGGUUUGGAUAAUAUUGCUUGGCAAGAUUUAAGUACUGGAAGUAAAAGCUGAAUCACUGGCGGCUCUUGAGAUGUCUGAGAAAAUCAAAUCUUUGCAACAAAUCACUAUGUAGAUGGAAAGCUAAUAGGCUGUGACUUGCUUUUUUUACACACUACUGAGGCCUCAUUACAGAAAAUAUCAUAAAUGCUUGUCCUGUCUUAACUUAAGACCUCAUGGUUUAUCUUUACUUAAGAAAUAUCAUACCGGUAAAUUAUAUAUCCGUUUGUGAGCAAAUUUCAGUUUUUUAAAUAAAAUGUCCUGGAAAGUUCCUUAGUAAAAAGGGGGAACCCUGUGACUAGCUAACUUGCUAUCAAACAAAAUAAGGCAGGUGUUUAACUCAAGCUGCAAGGAAUCUGAGGUAUUAAUCGUGCCUGUGGAGAGGAAACCCCACCUUUUAAGGAUGUUUUCCUCUCAAUCAUUCAUAUUUUGAGCAAAACGUAUUAAAUUAUUAUUAAAUAAUUAUCUUGGCAGUUGAUAAAUAACCAUUAUUACAUGGUCCAGGAGUUUCCCAUCUUCAUUGCCAUAGAGACAUAACAACAGUGUGGCUGCCAUUUUUGGCAAUCAUUUUAAAUUUAUGACAGUAUCUACGCCAGGAAGGUUCUGUUAAAUGAGAAACCUUAACUGAGAUAAGAUAGGAUUUCAGACUUAGUAAGUGAGGCCCCUGUCUCAAAUUGGCGUUAAAAUCUAAGACAGAAAGUCACAUGAUUUUAUAACUAGACAGUUACAUUUGCAAGAAACACCCCUGGAUAUACCGCCUAUUGUAUAUGUCUUUAGGAAAACAAUCUGUUUAUUUGGUUGUUUCCUUCCAGUAGCACAUUUCUUGCCAAGUUCAAGUGUGAGUGCGAAGGCGAGCUCACUGCUGUCUGUAGCUUUAACCUGAACUCUACAGUCUACUUUGCUUUGCUUAACAUGUUAUGCAGUCAACAUGUUAUUGUCAUGCCAAAAUCCCGUUAUGAAGAUUUUAAGUGAAAGGUUUCGAUGUGUGCUUGCUCAAUCAGCAUGGUUCGAUGUGUGAAUACAUAAAACAGUGAGAUGGCGGUGUUUACGCUGGCAGAGCAGAGUUGUGAUUCGCUGGCAGGACUCAUGCACUUUCUCCCAUAACAGUCUGGCACUUUGAGGAGAGUUGUAAAGUUAGCAACAUGUUUACUAGAUAAUCCUUUUAGUUUUGAACCCAAUGAUAGUGUACACUGCUCUCAGAAAAAUAUGGAAAAUAUGAAUAGAUAAGUUCUGUAAAUAUACGUAGAUAAAUGAAAUGGAUUAUAUAAAAAUAUGCCAAUGAAAUAAGACUGAAAAUUACUGACUAUAACCAAAACAGAAAAAAAAUCCACAAUAGAUUUAGAGUCCACGGUACGGUAUGUAUGUGUAUGUUUUGUUUACAAAUACUGUGCUGAGUGUAUGUCCAUAAUCACUUUGUCACUGAGACUCAAGAUUGUGAUUUUUUUAACUUUUUCACUAAUCCAAAGCAUCGUUGUUAUUGUCAUUGUGGCUCUUGUCGUCUUGUGUCUAAUCACUGUUCACCUCAAAGUAUCACUGUUAAUCUAAAGAGGCACUCCCUGUCACGUCAUGUAGGUGUCAACUUGUGGUUUUAAUACGAUGUUCAAUAUUGACAUUACACACACAUUUAGUAUGAAAUUGAGCGGGUCAUGUUGUGAAAUUAGGUUCAGCUGUGCUCAUUUUAGAAACACAUCCUUCCUGUUAGACUGCAUAUGUCUUAUAUAAUAAAAGGAAAAUCUGCACUACUAAAAGAACUCUUAAAACAGAUAAAAGAUUAAUUUCAUACCUCACUGAAUAGCAAUGUUUCACUAAUUACAAUGACAUGCAAAAAAUAUUAAGUUUCUGCUUUUAUUCUGAAAAAGAAAAUACUCCUACUCAGCUGUUUCCACAGCAAAUGAAAAUUCAUAUUUCUCUAAUAUUCCUGUUUAUAUGCAGUUUUGCAUACUCCAAUUAAGGUAACAUGUCAUGGGCAAAUGAAUGGCUGCUUGUGCUAUGUUACUUUUCAGAGUUUUUGACCCCAUUUAAUUCCUUUAACCAACUUCUUCAAAAGGUCAGCAUUGCAAUAUUCACACAUCCAAACCCCUGUUAAAAUGUAAGUCUUUUAUAAUGUUUAAAAGCAGACCCAACCAGAAAUGUGGGCUCUUCUUUUGGGCAUGCAUCUCUACCCCAGCCUUGCAAACUGUUGGCUACAAACCCUAGCAACACACAGAGCUGACUGUAAACAGUCAAGAAGCCAUAAACUGGCUAGCAAACUGCAGUAAAAAAAACUCACAUUGAGAUGCAUUAUUCCACCUCAUGGUCACCAUGGUCACCAGCUCUCUUUGCUCGGCUGAAUUUUCCUCCAGUGUAGUUCCAUCAUCCAAUGGUGGAAGUUCAGAUUCAAAGGUGUAUUAACAGUUUGUGAUGGUGUGUGAGACAUCUGCAUUCAGUCUUUUGUCGCCAAAGUGUUGCUUUCGGUGUCUUUCGGUCCAAAACCACCUCACCUCUGCACACAGGUGACACUGAUAACGGCUAACGAGUCAAACCUACCAGCUGUGACAUCAGUCUGACCGUGCCCCUGCUGCCUGCUACCACACCUACUGUACAUCAAAAAUAAAUUGCUGCAUGAGCAUUAUUACAGUAUUUAAGGUUCUCCUUGUGUGGUGGAGUACCUACUCUAAAAUAGAAGCAAAAAAGUCCCUUUAAAUGGCGCUCUAAGAACCACAAUCGUUCCUAGUUCUUGCAGUGCGCACACGGUAAAAAUGAGCCUUCAUAGAAGUAUGAAAAAGUUCCUCCGCUCUGAAGAAGCAUAUUGACAAUUUAGAAACUAAUUUUCUUUUUAAAAACAAACAAAAACUUUAAUUUCAUUCCACCAAUUUACAUCAACAUUUGGCAAUCAUACAGAGGGAAAAAUCAAUUUCAAAAAGGUAUUAAACAAUUUCUCCAGUGAGAAUAUCCUGAGAAGGCCUUGAUGCAUGCAUGUGCACCUGCAAGGCAUGAUGUGUCGGACGCAGAUAUAGAGGCAGGGUGAGAGUAAUAAAAUCUUCAUAAAAUGGUGAAGAACAUAACCAAGGGAGGAUGUUUACUUUACACAGGCAUAAGAAUGAGCUGUACUUGUAAAUGAGCAUUCAGUCUGCAGCUCAUAGACUGAAGCAGGCGUCACACAGACACCUUAAGGCCACCAAGGAUGUGUGUUCUGUAGUGCUUACAUCGCCAGCCACAAAUGAGAAGAAAUGAUGCACCAGGGACCCUGCAAGACCGCAGCUCCUUGGCAACAAAUUAUAUGUGAGUGUUAGAGGGAGAUAAAGGGGAAGUUUUUGAAGUUUUUCUGCCCAGGUGGCAAUAUUGUUAUCACCUGAACUGCAGCCUGAGAGCUGAGCGGCUUCACGUUGUCUCCUUUUAUAAUCUAUCAGAAUAAAGGGCCGGGGAUCCUCCCCUGUGAUGCUUUUGUUCAUCUCAUUCAGUGCGUUUUAGCCCACAUGGAUCAAAAACACAGCUUCAUUUAAAAAAUCUUCAGGUUGAUCUCUAAAGUGAUUAUUCUGUCCAGCAGGCUCCGUCGAUCCGCCGUGAAUCAGAUAUUUCUAUAGUGCCUUUUCCACUUAUUUCCCCCCUCUCAUUGCAGUGGUUUAGUGUUGUUGAUGUACUAAAAAUGCAGUUGAUGUGAAUGAUUAGAACUGAUUAGAUUCCUGUCCUGCAUGGUGUGAAUAAUAGAAACUAGAGAAAUAAAUCUGUCACCUCUGCAGUCGUGUUUUAGUAGCUGAAAAUGUUUUAUGCAGCCCUAUGCCCUUUCUUCCACUGCUGUAAUGUUUCACCUCAAGUAAUAUUUCACAUUAUCAAGUGGUGCCACUGGAGUCAACACCACAUCCUUUAAUAUGAGUUUUUACCACAUCUUGAAAACAUAAGUAUGUCCAAAUAAAACUCCUUUGUAUAUUGGGUCAUUUUACCAUGAUAAAAGAAAGGACAGCAGAGGCUAGUGAUGGAUGCUUUUGUUUACAUGGGUGAACUACUAUGUAGGAACCUAGUUUGUAUCGUGAAGGAAAGAGGUGAGCCCCACUAAAGUCGCCUUAAAAUACAAUUAAAAUGAAAAGCAGAUGAGAAUUGCCACUUUGAUGGGUCUCACUAUAAUAGUGUGGAUGUUUUUCUCACCAGUUUGAACCUUGUCUCUUUUUGCAAACAGCAGAGACAUCUGACAUCUUUCAUUUAUGUCAGAUAUGCAAAUGGGAGUAAACAAAGACAGAUAGGGAGCAGCGGGGUACUAAUAUUUCUGCUAUGACAGAAAUAUUUGUCUUUCAUCCACUUUUGUCAGACAAAUGAUCCCUAAAUCAAGAAAUAAAUCACCCUUACUGUCUGUGGUAAUGAAAUGCAGAAUAAUAAAUGUAUAAAAUGUAUGUGUUGAGCUGUAUGUGCCAGUGUGCCAUCUCUGUACAGUCUGUCUGUGUUUAUAUCCGGUGAGUGAGACAGUUAUAAGAAUGAGUAAAGAUAUUUAAUAAUCUAAGUCAUUAUCUGUGGAUGUGAUAAAGAAUUUAACUGGCUGACCUCAGGGCUUCAUAACUAACUGCUGUACACUUAUUGAAAUAAUACUCUAACUAACUUCUAUAACCUUAUCAGGUGCUAUCAAACCACUAUACAAGUAAUAGUAGAAGUUAGAUUUGUCGUUGUUGGGAGCUCAGCAACCAAAUAGUGAACACAAGGAUCAUACAGUUCAUGUUUUUCUGAAUAAAUUGUCAGAAAUAUUGAUGUGAGGAGGCAAAAAGCAAAUUAGCUGUUUCACUUCAUAUGAUUCUGCUUUGUAAUGGCGGCUGCAGGAUGUUCAGUACUGUGGGCUAAAGUGUAAUCACAGUUCACAGGAGCGCCAGAAGGAUGUGUGUAUGUGCAUGUGUAAUGUUCACAUUGGGUGGAAUAAUAUGUGUAAAAUAACUGGUGUACGCUGGACCAAAUAACUUUCUAAAAAAUGUGUGUGGUGAUGAGUUGUACAAGGUUGUCGUGUAAAUGUGUCUUCAUUAAAAACUCGCCACAUGUGGGUGCUCCACCGGAGAUUUGGAGAAGCGUAUUACUCUGUAGCACAUGAUUGGAAACCAUGGAGAGGUACAGAUUCAGUGUUCCUGUGUUUGCUAAGCCUCUGUGAUUAAAAGAAGAUUCUGUUCAAACAUAAUAUUUACAUGUUGGCUUUCAAAUUCAGCAAAGACACACAAGGACACACUGUUCAAGGGACUGUACGAAAAUUAUUGGGGUGUGAAGCGGGGCUUAGCCUAAAACAAUGUUUUACUUUCUAAAGCACUUUGGUCUGAUAUCAGACGGACUGUUUCCAUCUUCAGCCUGAUAUUGCCUCCUGACUAA